GGUGAUCGUCUGGUGAUGAUGAUCGGUGGCGGCGUCGCGACCCCUCCUGGUACUGCCAAGUCGGCGGCUGCGAUCGACAGCGAAAUGGUGCAGGUCGACGGCAUUGGCAGUGGUAGUGUCAGUGGCAGUGCUAGUGGUAGUGGUAGCCCCGCGACAGGCGCGACUACUACGCGUCUCACCGCUGCCAAUAACGCCACCAACAACAAUAACAAUAACGGGGACGUUACGAACAACAACAACAACGAAGUGCACCAGGUGGUGAACUGCAGCAGCGGAUCCACCCCGGCCACUGACAAGUUCUGCUGUCACGACGACGAUGCCCCCGUCAGCACCGGCGUCGCGCGCCCUUGGGAACCACCCUCGCCGACCUUCUCGCAGACGAGGUCGCAUCUGCUACGGGUACAUCCGCCGCAUCCCCAUCAGCACCCGGCCGCCCACCAUCAUCAACAGAUGACCGUGCCUCCAGUGUCUCUGAUCGACGGCGUGAGCUUGCAGAACUGUACCGCGGGACCAUUUGCCAGCGGUAAUGGCGGCGGAGCCAGUCGACAACGAUUGCUGGAGCUGUCGCACGGAUUAGGAGCCCUUAGGCACUACAACGACCUGGCCAACCACGUGCUGUCGUUGAAUCAACAAGGUGCCGUCGUCACGAAACUUUUGGGUACGCUACGCCCGCCAGGUUUGAUCGGUGGCAGCAAGCCAAAAGUCGCGACGCCGGCCGUCGUCGCGAAGAUCGAGCAGUACAAGAGGGAAAACCCGACCAUCUUCGCGUGGGAAAUUCGGGAGAGACUCAUCUCCGAAGGCGUAUGCAGCAACGCGACGGCGCCGUCAGUGAGCAGCAUCAACCGAAUUCUGCGUAAUCGCGCGGCGGAACGCGCGGCCGCGGAAUUCGCGCGUGCAGCCGGAUACGGUUUGUACGCCGCCGGUCCGCAUCCGUACUUCAACAGCGCCCAUCAGCAUCCGACGACCAGCCACCAUUUGCCCGCCGGCUGGCCAGCGCCGGGAGCGGCGGGCCAUCCUUGGAUGUUGCCGCCGUUGGCUACCGGAAUCUCCGGAGCAGCUUCCGCUCUGCUGCUGCCCCCGUCCUUGAGCCCAGGAGCCGCAGCUGCCGCGGCCGCGGCCGCUUCCGCCUCGGCGGCGGGCACCACGGACCACUCCUUGCACGCCGACGCGAUCGCUCGAGGAUACUUGCAAGACGGUGACGGUGACGACGGAAGUCUGGACGGUUCGGAGCAGCCAAAGUUCCGGCGAAAUCGCACGACGUUCAGCCCGGAACAACUGGAGGAGCUCGAGAAGGAGUUCGAGCGAUCUCACUAUCCUUGCGUGUCUACGCGCGAACGGCUAGCCUCGAAGACCUCUCUCUCGGAAGCUCGUGUGCAGGUUUGGUUUUCCAACAGACGGGCAAAGUGGCGUCGUCAUCAGCGCAUGAACCUCUUAAAGCGUUCGCCACCGCCACCUCCGCCGCCGCCACCGCCGCAGCAGCAGCAGCAGCCACCGCCGCCGCAACAGCAUUCCGCAUCCGGUAUGGAAAUAAACCGUACGUCAAGUUGCUCGAUCGCCGGCAUGGGCGGCGAAAGUAGCGCGUUCCGCGCGGUCGUCACCAACUCCUCGUCGAGAGAGGCGGCCGACAGAAACGAGAGGAUCGAGAGGGUCGAGCCGGUGGCGAAGCAGCCCGAGAGGAAGCCAAGCGCCUUCAGGAUGAUCAGUCAGCUGGUCGGGGACGACUCGCCGAGCAUACCGAGGCCCUCGAGCCCGACCUACGACCACCAGAGGCACGGAUCGAACCUGGCGACAGGACUCGUCCCCGAGUCGACGAACAACGAGGACUUUGAACGCGCCGAGGACGAGGAGGACGACGAGGAGAUCGACGUCCAGGACUCGGACCAGGACGUUCCUUCAUCGCCGACCGUCGCCUGGCGGGAUCACUGGACGGAUCAGCAACCGUUGGAACUCACCAAGCACGAUCGUUGAUUUCCGUCGCGAGACCCCACCGAAUUUCGAGUGCACGCCGGGGGAAAAAACGUUGAACGAAAAAACUCUCGAUUCGUUUCCCGUAGAUCGCCGCGGCGGACCGUCGAGCCACAAACUCGCGCGGUGCAACGAACUCGAGCCGAUCCUGGAAUUCGAACGCGGACACUGCGUCCCGCUGGAAACCAGCCAAUGAACCAGCGUCCGAUCGAGGAAUCUCAUUGAAGAAUGGCGGCGAACGGGAGAGCCGUCGUAUCGUUUGCUUAAUGUCUCCUACUCUUCUUUCUUAUCGGCGAGAUCCCGUAAAUCGUCCCUAGUACCCAUGCAGCUACUUACUACGAUUACGGCCCAUUUAUUACGAUUAAGAUUACGCUAAGUGCUACGAAGAAACGUUGCGAGGAACGACGAAGCCCAAUAAUAUCCACCUGGAUCGUCGAUUUUUAGAUAGGUAAUCAAUUGCUUGUCCCGAUACCUACGAUUGGCUGUUCUUCCGAGUGGUGCACGGACACUUUGGUUUCGGGAAUUUAAUAGUUUCCGAGAUAUUGCGUUAGGUUUUUUUAUUCAUAGUGUAUCGUGAACCGACAAAAUUAUAAUUUUACGCGUGUUUGUUAGUGUUUUGGAAAUUAUUAAAUUUUACGUUUUGGCAUCCAAUCGGAAGAAUAACCGGUAGAGUUUACACGCGGCGUGGUUUCCGUUUGCUCGAGACGGCAAAGAAAGACAGUGCUCGAACCAAUUCGGAAGCUAGUCUUAGCCGAAUCAUUAUUGCCACGGAUAAUGCGUUGCCUAGGGCACUGUAUAGAUAGGAGUAGACGCGACGACGAUAAAUCCUGUAAGCAAACUCUGUUAAAGCGACUUUUAUUUAAAUGAAUUCGUUUGUAAAU